AUGCCUGAUCUAAUUGCAUCCGUUACAGUUCAAGAUAUUCGGUUUCCAACUUCUUUGGAGAAAGAUGGUUCCGAUGCGAUGAACAAAGCCCCUGACUACUCCAGCCCUUACGUGACAGUAACAACUCAGGCAGGUUUGAUUGGACAUGGCAUCACAUUCACUGUGGGUCGUGGAAACAACAUAGUGGCCUCAUCAUUUGGACCAGACAUUGAGGUCAUCUUUUCUGAUUUUGCCGGUUUCUGUGAGGUCACUCACCAUGUGAAGACCAGAUCAGAUCCUCUUUGGAAACUUCUUGUUGAUAUGGAGCCAGAGAAACUUGUUUCAACUAUUGACUUCCGUUACCUGGAGGAUGCUUUAACAAAAGAAGAAGCCAUUGCUAUCCUGAAAAGUAUGCAAGAAGGCAAAGCAGAACGAGAGAAAGAAAUGAAAGAGAAUGGCUAUCCAGCGUACACAACAUCCUGUGCCUGGCUUGGCUAUUCUGAUGAAAAAAUUAUCAGGCUGUGCGAGGAGGCAAUGGCUGAGGGAUUCACAAGAUUCAAAAUGAAAGUUGGUUCUGAUCUUCAAGAUGACAAGCGAAGGGCCCAAAUAUUGCGUCAGACUAUGAAACCAGAACAUUUGCUUAUGGUAGAUGCCAAUCAGAAAUGGGAGGUUCAGGAGGCCAUAGAUUGGAUGAGAGAGUUGGUACAUUUCAACAUCACCUGGAUAGAGGAACCUACUUCCCCUGAUGAUGUUUUGGGUCAUGCUGAAAUAUCAAAGGCACUGAAGCCACUUGGGAUUGGUGUGGCAACAGGAGAGCAGUGUCAGAACCGCGUCAUGUUCAAGCAGUUCCUGAAAUCUGGAGCCAUGCAGUUCUGUCAGAUUGACAGCUGUCGACUCGGUGGUGUAAAUGAGAACUUGGCGGUGAUUCUAAUGGCCAAGAAGUACGGAGUGCCUGUGUGCCCACAUGGAGGAGGUGUUGGACUUUGUGAGUACAUUCAACACUUGUCCCUCUUUGACUACAUUGCUGUUUCUGGAUCAUUAGAGAACAGCUGCUCAGAUGUUGUAUUGCAUUUAUAUUCUCAUUAUAAGCAAAUUAUCUUUUUUUCUUCUUUUAAUGGAUAUUCUCAGGUUCCUGGCUACUCCAUUGACAUGAAGAGCACUUCCCUGGAAGAAUUUGAAUGGCCAACUGGCAAAGAAAGGCAGGACUUGUUUCAAAAAGGCAUUUACAAACCAGACAACGAAGCAAUUGGACCGCUGUGGUAUCUCUAUAAUUAA